AUGGUGGUCGUUGGCGCCGAGGAGACCGCGACCAUGCCCAACAACCAGGGCGCUCCUCACUUGACAAUUGUCAAACUCGCCAAUCGGGACAGUGCUAUGCUCCUCGAGGGUUCCGGAAACACAGAAUACGUUUCGCGCCUGCAAGUGCCACAAGAAUCUUUCCUGCAGCUUCAGUCAGACAGUGAGGAGUCCGAUUCGGAAUACUCCAAAGAAUUAGGGGGAUCCUCAGCAUCUUCAGGGGACUCCCAUACAGACAAACAUCGAGGACCAACACGCCCUGGUUCAGAAGCAAGAAGCGCCCAUGAGGAAGAUAAGGAAGCCCCAACGGCAUCUAAGAAGGAGAGAGGAACAGACGCUGCAGAAGAUUCUAAAUGGUCGGCAACAGAGGAAGAAGGAAGCCAAGCAAGUAGUGAGGAGCAUGCUCCUCACAGUGCCAAGAUGGCAGCCAACAAAGACCAUGCAGAAGGCGAAGGAGGCAUCUCUGAAACAGCCACUCACAAAGAAGAAGAGCAAGGGGAAACCUCCGGUGAACUUGGCCAUGGAGACAAAACGAUCAUCUCAGACGCAAAGGCAAAAUCACAUGAGCCUCUCCGUCAGGCAGAGGGGAUCAGCGAGCACGAGGGGGCCAAGCUACACGAACCUGCCCAUGAGGAGGAAGGGAUCAGCGAACACGAGGGAGCGAAGCCAGACGAACCUGUCCACAAGACAGAAGGGACCAGCGAGCGCGAGAAGGCAAAGCAACACGUACCUGGCCAUAAGGCAGAAGGAGGCACGGAACACCAGAAGGAAAAACCACACGAACCUGGUCAUAAUGUAGGAGUCCGAACACAGGAGGUCAAGGCAAAAGCUCACAUGCAUGGCGCUGGGCAAGCCAAGCUCAGCCAAGAGGAGGAGGUUGACUCCCUGAUCAGUCGACUUCUUCCCUUACUCAGAGCCGCAAAAGGCAAAGAUCUUUACGAAAGGCUGGUGACGAUACUCGACUUGCAUGAAAGGACCGUAGAGGCGGAGAAGGAACUCAAAUCAGAAGCCAAGAAAGAGGAGGCUCAAGAAGAGGCUCUGAAGGAAAAGGCCGUCUCCAACGUUGCUGCUCAGGAGGACCUGCUGUUGACCCAACAAUUGAGUAAUAUGUGGGUACUGCCUUUUUACGAAGAAGGCAAGCGCGAGACGUGCCUAUCUGGAUUUGAAGGACUUGCUCACGAACAUCCAAGGCAAUUGGCCAAACAGCACGCCUUGGAGCGCUCAACAGGCAGCGGAGGAACUGUGCCUCUCCAGAAGCAUCAUUUAGAUGUUAUCUGUGAUACCGAAGAAAAAUCGGAAUAUCCAUCGUGCAAGACUGUGUACGAGGCCCUCCAACACGUCAAAGAACCGAAACCCAGGGCCCUACCAGAACUGUUGGUCUUGACGGAUAUUCAAGACCUGAAAAACACAUUGGGUUUGUACAGAAUCGCAUUUCUCUUCGAAGGACUUGUUCAAUUCGCCACUCCAGACGGAACAAAAGUCGACGCGUCCCAACAUAAGCUGCCUAAGGAGGAGGCAGAAUUCAUGCGCAAGCACAGGCAUGAUGACAUAUCAACUACAGCAUUGCUAAAAGCAGAAUGA